AUGCCAGUUUCAAACAUCCCCCUCUCCUACGCAACCUGCUCCCUCGGCACUACAGACACCCCCCUCCCCUCCAAACUAUCCGCCCUCAGCAGCUCCGGCUUCACAGGAAUCGAGCUCGCCUUCCCAGACCUUCUCUCCUACGCCUCAAGUCUACACAACAACAAAUCCGUCUCUCCCGAAUUCUACUCCGAACUCAGAACCGCCGCAUCAGAGGUCGCAAAGCUAUGCAAAGCCCACAACCUAUCCAUAAUGAUGCUGCAACCAUUCUCGAAUUUCGAGGGCUGGCCGCGCGGGUCCCCCGAGCGGGAGGACGCGUUUGCCCGUGCAAAGGGCUGGAUUGGGAUUAUGGAGGCUGCAGGGACGGAUAUGUUGCAGGUGGGAUCGACUGAUACGCCGCUGGACAAGCUAUCGGAUUCGGCGUCGCUACGGGGUAAUAUCAUCGAGGAUCUGCGCGAGUUAGCGGGGUUACUAGAGGAGAAGGGUAUGCGUCUCGCAUACGAGAACUGGUGCUGGUCUUCGCAUGCGCCGGACUGGAAGGAUGUUUGGGAGAUUGUGCGUGAUGUGGACAGGGAUAAUGUCGGGCUUUGUCUGGAUACGUUCCAGUCUGCGGGUGGGGAGUGGGGGGAUCCGACGACGGUUUCUGGACGGGUUGGUGGUGUGAACCCGGGCUCUGAGGGGGAGAAGGAAUUGAGUGGUCGGUUUGAGGAGAGUAUGGCUGAGUUGGCGAGGGCUGUGCCAAGGGAGAAGAUCUAUUUGUUGCAGGUGUCUGAUGCGUAUGUGCCUGUUGCUCCGGGGUCUGAGUCUUCGACGAAGACGACGAAGCCGUUGGAUGCGGGUGUUGUUGAUGGGACGGCCCCGAGGGGGCGGUGGAGUCAUGAUUAUAGACCUAUGCCGUAUGAUGGUGGGUAUUUGCCUAUUGAGGCUGUGGGGACUGCUGUGCUGAAGACGGGGUUUAGGGGGUGGUUUUCUAUGGAGAUUUUCGAUGGUGGGGAAGAUGGGAGUGGGAAGGAGUAUGAGCUGGGGGAGUUUGCGGGGAGGGCGAAGGUUAGUAUGGGGAAGUUUAUUGAGAAUUGUGAGGCGCAGGUUUAG